AUGAUUCAUGGUAUUGGAAUAGACAUAGUCCAUAUAAGUAGAAUGAUUAAGAUUCUCGAUCGGAGAACAAGGUUCAUGGAAAAAAUUUGUCAAAGAAUAUUAAGAUUUGAUGAACAAGACAUAAUACCUAAUUUGAAGAAUAAAAAUCAGUUUGCCCUUUGGAUUUGCACAAAGUUUAUAAGAAAAGUAUUAGCCUUUUUAAAGAGAAAUAAUUGUAUAAUAGAUGGGCAGCAAAAGAAGCUGCUUUUAAAGCAAUAAAUUUUCAGCAAAAAUUAAAAUGGAAGGAUAUACAAAUAUGUAAAUAUAAAAAUAAUCAACCAUAUAUUCAGCUAUGGAGCGAAGGAAAACCAACAAAACAAAUGAAACUAUCAAUUAGUCAUGAUGGUGAUUAUGUUGUUGCUUU